AUGAAAGUAAAAGCGAGUAAUUUAUCACUUUCCUUCGCAAAAAGAUUGUGUGUGUAACUAUGCAGCUGGUGAAUUUGGUAUAUUUCAUUUUGUAACGAGCGAUGGGACUAGGUGAAACACCUAAUAAAUUCAAAACUCAAAGCCUUUAUAUAUUCCGUGAUUGUUGUUGCUAGGAUUUAAAUUAAUAAUGAAAAAUGCAUUGGAACUGUCACAGUACCUAAAAUAUUUGUAUCUCGUGGUUUGCGAGAUUUCUUGUGAUGGUAAUUUCAUAUUUCAUUGUAAGUUCACUUGAAGCAGGGAUUCAGGAAGCAUGCUAAGUGCCCUGAAAAUGAAAAUUGAGUUAAGACCGCUACGAUGUUCUACAUCAAAAUCAGCACCUUUUUACCUACUUACGAUACCCAAUACCUACUUUUAGUACUUUAAAAACAGGCCGAAAGAUAGCGCACUCUGUAAGUGCCAUACCUGAAAACGUAAGGAAGUAUGCUAAGUGCCGUUUGAGCCAGCCUAUCGAAUAAUUGUUUUCUGUACAAGUUAUGAGUUGAACCUGCUUCUAUUUGUUAAUACGGAAAUUACUCGAAAUUUUGAUCGAGGACAUAGGUAUUUGAGGUGAGGAAAAUGAUCUACGUAAAAAACUCUACAAGAUGGAGUUGGUUUGAAAGUUUUCCGCACGAUAGAAAACAAAAUAUAAAAGCUCAAAGUUGUGAAACUCUUAAUAAAAUAUUAUUUUUUCGUGUUUUUUUGUAGUUAAAUGCAAUUUACUCGAAAUUUUGAUCGAGGACAUAAGUAUUUGAGGUAAGGAAAAUGAUCUACCUUAAAUUCUGAACAAGAUGGAGAUUGUUUGAAAGUUUGCCGCGCCAUAGAAAAAAACUUAUAAAAGCUCAAAGUUGCAAAACUCUUGAAAAAAUAUGGUUUUUUCAUGUUUUUUUUGUAGUUAAUUACAAUUUACAUAUGUACUUGAAAUUUUGAUCGAGGACAUACUGGUUUUCAUGUUUUUUUUGUAUUGUCGAAUUUCGAGCUUUUAAAAUUAAAACCAACUCCCUCACCUCAAAUACCUAUGUCCUCGAUCAAAAUUUCUAGUAAAUUGUAUUUAACUACAAAACAACACGAAAAAACCACAUUUUUUCAAGAAUCUUUCAACUUUGAUCUUUUAUAAGUUUUUUUCUGUGGCGCGACAAACUUUCAAACCAACUCCAUCUUGUAGAGUUUUUUACGUAGAUCAUUUUCCUUACCUCAAAUACCUAUGUCCUCGAUCAAAAUUUCGAGUAAAUUGUAUUUAACUACGAAAAAAUACAAAAAAAACAUAUUUUUUCAAGAGUCUUUCAACUUUGAGCUUUUAUAAGUUUUUUUCUAUGGCGCGGCAAACUUUCAAACAACCUCCAUCUUGUAGAGUUUUUUACGUAGAUCAUUUUCCUUACCUCAAAUACCUAUGUCCUCGAUCAAAAUUUCGAGUAAAUUGUAUUUAACUACGAAAAAAUACAAAAAAAACCAUAUUUUUUCAAGAGUCUUUCAACUUUGAGCUUUUAUAAGUUUUUUUCUAUGGCGCGGCAAACUUUCAAACAACCUCCAUCUUGUAGAGUUUUUUACGUAGAUCAUUUUCCUUACCUCAAAUACCUAUGUCCUCGAUCAAAAUUUCGAGUAAAUUGCAUUUUCCUUACCUCAAAUACCUAAAAAUGCAAAAAAGGGUAUUUUUCUAUACGUGAAUUGUUCAGUUUAAAAAAUCGAAAAUCUGGCUAAUUUUUUCAUAGGUUGGCGAAAAAUAGGUGAAAGUUAAAGUUCUAGAUUAGGGAAGUAUACGCAUACGCCAUUUUGGUUCGACACAACGGAUGUAAACAACAUUAGAACGUAUGUACGCAUACAAUCUUACGUGUAAAAAAUGCAAUUUUUUCGAUUGUUCGCGGGUUCGGGUGAAUUUUUAAGUAGUUUCCAGCUAAAGACAAUGAAAUUUCCUAUCGAUUGAUGUUAAAUUUUUGUUAUUUCGCGCAAAAUUGACGAUUUUCUGAAUACUUAUAUUAUCCGAUUUUUUCAUACUAUAUGUGUCAACUUUAAACUAAAAAUACUCGAAAUCUUCAGUGAACACACAGGUAUUUUAAUAUAGCAAAAUGUUCGUAAUUUCUUCGUCUUUAAAAUGAGUGUUUAUCGAAAGCUCUACAUGCAACCGUUCAAAAGUUGUAGAAGUUUAAAGUUGCGAAAACAAUGCAAAAACCAACCGCGGAUGGUAAGUAUUGAACUUUGAAUUAGAAUUACUCAAAAUUUUCAACGAACACAUAGGUAUAUUAAUACAGCAAAACGUUCGUUAUUUUAUCCUUUUUAAAAUGGGUCUUUACCGAAAGCUCUACCUUCUACCGUUCAAAAAUUCUUGAAGAUCAAAGUUGCGGAAAGUGUUCAAAUUGUGUUAUCACUGUUAUCAGUCACUUAGUGUUGAUUGUAGAACAUUUUCCGCAACUUUGAUCUUCAAGAAUUUUUGAACGGUAGAAGGUAGAGCUUUCGGUAAAGACCCAUUUUAAAAAGGAUAAAAUAACGAACGUUUUGCUGUAUUAAUAUACCUAUGUGUUCGUUGAAAAUUUUGAGUAAUUCUAAUUCAAAGUUCAAUACUUACCAUCCGCGGUUGGUUUUUGCAUUGUUUUCGCAACUUUAAACUUCUACAACUUUUGAACGGUUGCAUGUAGAGCUUUCGAUAAACACUCAUUUUAAAGACGAAGAAAUUACGAACAUUUUGCUAUAUUAAAAUACCUGUGUGUUCACUGAAGAUUUCGAGUAUUUUUAGUUUAAAGUUGACACAUAUAGUAUGAAAAAAUCGGAUAAUAUAAGUAUUCAGAAAAUCGUCAAUUUUGCGCGAAAUAACAAAAAUUUAACAUCAAUCGAUAGGAAAUUUCAUUGUCUUUAGCUGGAAACUACUUAAAAAUUCACCCGAACCCGCGAACAAUCGAAAAAAUUGCAUUUUUUACACGUAAGAUUGUAUGCGUACAUACGUUCUAAUGUUGUUUACAUCCGUUGUGUCGAACCAAAAUGGCGUAUGCGUAUACUUCCCUAAUCUAGAACUUUAGUGAAAGUAUGCUAUGUGCCUUGGUGUUCAUAGCCACACACCAAUAUGACGUCACAAUCACGGUUACCGCCCUUUAAACGCGAAUAUCUCGAAAACAGGUUUAGGGCACUUAGCAUGCUUCCUGAAUCCCUGCUUCACUUAUUUAUUUAUUUUUUGGUUUUGGAAAAAAUGAAAGAGCGGAACAAUGUUUUUAGCAUGAACAUCCAUAUUUUGAGUUGGUUCUCAACUUAGAAUAUUUCGCCCUCUUAUGUUCUUUUUUUUGAAAAGUGAAUAAUGCUUUAGGUAUACUAUUUGCUUAAAAAUCAUAUCCCAAAUCCUACAUUCCAUGUUUUUAUUUAUUCGCGUAAAAGAACUGAAAUUUUGAAUAAAAGCACGACAGAUUUUCCAAUUUGAAUAAUUCUGCUCUUUUCGAACAUGGGAAAUUGAAAACGAUGAAAAUUGAGAUCUAUCUACCAUAACCAUCGAUGAUUUCGGAUAUUUAUAUCUCAAAACGAGAUGUGAUAAAUGAAUGAAAAAUGUGUUAUUUUUCAGCUUUUCUCGCAAAAAAACUAAAAAGCUGGCAAAACAAACAGUUGGCAAAUGCACGAGUGUGUAUGCUAUUUACACAGAUGAUGAUUUUGGUAAUAUCAUAUGAAUUACCUAAAUGCAAUACCUAUAGUGAAUUUGAACGUCAGAGCUUUCAUGUCGUGAUUGUAUAGCUAUGCUUUAAUUCAAAAAUUACAUCUGCAUCACCAUUGUACUGUAGAAACUUGGACAUGGCAUCGUUGAUAUAAUCCCGGGGUUUUUAUAAAAGUGGUGGACGAUUGGAAGCGAUUGAGACAAUUUUGAAAAUUCACCAUGAAAGUUUCGUGGUUUGUGAUACUGUUUGUGAUAAUGAUUUCAUUUCUGUUGAUCUAUGAGGCUGAAUUGAAAGGUGGUGGCGGGGGCGGUGGUCAUGGUGGUGGCCAUAGCAGCGGGCACAGCAGUGGACAUACCACUUCACAUACUAAUAGUUUUUCGAGUGGCAGUACUGGCAGUGGUGGAAGGAAAAGUGGCGGUUCGCCUUCACCUUCGCCGUCUUCGCCUAGUCCUUCCACUGGAGCCACUGGAGGGCAUGUACCUGCAAUGGCUGCUGGCAACCUUGGAUCUGGCUCGAAGAAAAAGGAAGAAGAAAAGAAGAAAAAGGAUGCAGAGGAUAAGAAGAAGAAAGAAGAGGAAGAAAAAAAGAAGAAAAAGGACGCAGAAGAGAAGAAGCAGAAAGAAGAGGAAGAAAAAAAGAAGAAAGAGGAAGAAGAACAAGAAUUUGGUGGUAAUUCGUAAUAUGUUUAUUCUCAAUCUCAAGAUACAGAAUCAAAAUAAUUUCAUGUUUUCCAUACAAUUCUAAUAAAGACACGUACGCAAUGGC